AUGUCUUGGAUCAUUCAUUCGGUCUCACCAGAUAUCAAGAGUAGUAUUAUGUUCUUGAACUCUGCUGCUGCUAUGUGGGUCGAACUAAACAAUCGAUUUAAUCAAGGAAAUGGGCCACGCCUUUUUGAGCUUCGACAAACACUCAUUCGUCUCCAUCAAGGUGAUGAUUCAGUCAGCUUCUAUUUCACCAAACUGAAGGCUAUAUGGGAUGAAAUAAACGAAAUAUGUCCAAGAACUCCUUGCACAUGUGCUGCUGCUGCAGAUAAUCUUGAUUCUCACAAUCAAGAACAGCUUUUACAAUUUCUUACUGGUCUUAAUGAAUCAUAUCAUGCUGUUAGGGCUCAAGUUUUGUUGAUUGACCCAUUACCUUCCUUGUCCAAAGUUUUUUCUAUGAUUAUCUUAGAGGAAAGACAAAGGAAUCUUGGUCCUUCUACAAAUCCAAAUAUUAUUGCUACCUCUACCUCAAAUCACAUACCAGUUCAGUAUUCCCCAACAAACCAGAAUCCUAAUCCCCCUCCCCCAAACCACCUUCCACCCCGUGCUAAGAAACUUCGCCCCACCUGUACCCAUUGCCAAAAACUAGGUCAUCUUAAAGAGAAAUGCUAUUUUCUUCAUGGCUUUCCACCUGGUUAUGGUUCUCAAAGGAAACCAGCCCCUUCUCCACAACUUCAUCAUUCUCAAAAUACCCAUCAUCCCACAGACCUUCUGUUCACCAAGCUUCUGCCUCCCACACGAAUGCCAAUGUCCCCCCCUCUAAUGCCUCCAUUCAAGGAUUAA